UUGCUCAACAUCCAUUAUUUUUUAAUUCUGAAAUACGAUCGAAGAGAAACUCUGAAAGAUGUGUUACAGUGUUGUUUCCAUGGUAAGCCAAGGCACUGAGCGAACCGCUCCUUCAGCUCAUGGCAGUCCAACUGGACGUACUGCGAUGGUUUCCUACAGUGGCAGCCCGGUCACCAGCACCAGUGGGUACUCGAGCUAUGCAAGCCCAGCCAACACGCCAGACCAUUCUCCAAGCGGCUAUGAUCAGCUACUGGACCUGGACCUAACUGGAAGAUUCGAUGAAAGCAGUGUCGUGCAGAAUGGCUACAAUUAUCCGGAAAGCCCUGGAUCCUUCGUCAACUCUCCCAUCUACUCCCCACAGUUCAAUGGAACCUGCGAAGACGUGCAGUUCUGCGAAAAUCCUGCUUUGUACAACAACCCUUACGGAAUGGUACAAGGAUCCAAUUUCUCUUACUUCAACAAUCCACAAAGUGUCGAAGGAAUGUGCUAUAAUACGGCCCAGAAUGUGAUUGUACGGCAGCAAAUGUGCAAAAUCUGUGGAGACACUGCCUCUGGGAACCACUUUGGUGUGCAGAGCUGUGAAGCUUGCAAGAGUUUCUUCCGUAGGAGCGUUCGAGCCACUGCUAAAUAUGCUUGUCGUGGAAGUCGAAACUGCAUCAUCCAAAAACAAACGAGGAAUCGCUGCCAGUAUUGCCGACUUCAGAAAUGCGUUGCAAAUGGCAUGAGGAAAGAAGCAGUCCAAGAGGAGCGUACACCUCAUGGACCUAUUCUGCAGCAGGCCACUACUCCAGCGCCUCUCAGUUAUUUCAGUCCUAACUUUCCCAAACAGCGCUCCAAGUCUACUGAUCGUCCCACCAGCCCUUUCCCUCAGACCCCCUCGCACACAACCAGUCGAAUCUACACCUCGCUGCCAAAUCUGAAAACGGAAUCUAACGAUAAUUCUAUAAUACCCCCCACCCAAACAGAUGCAUUGAUGUCUGAUAUUGUAAAUGCUGAUGUGCAAUCGAACAGUCAAGCUCGACUUCUAAAGACGAAAGUUCAGGACAUUAAAAUGAACGAUUUCUUUGAAGGGAUGAAUACCGCCGGUGUGAUUGAAUUGGCCAAACGUAUCCCUGCUUUUGUGAGUCUUAGCCUGAACGAUCAAGUGAAGCUCCUCAAGUCAAGCUGGUGUGAGCACUGUACUCUCAAGUUGGCUGCUCAGAAUGGACCCAAAGCCGAAUGUGUCCUCCUAGCUAAUGGCGUCUCCUGUAACAGGGACCAGAUUGAAGACUCUGAAGUGUGUUACAUUAUUGAGAAGAUCUUCACUGAACUCAGCUAUUGGAUUAAUGACAUGAAUAUGGAUAAAGUGGAGAUGGCCAGUCUUCAAGGACUUAUACUUUUUAAUCCAGAUGCCAAAGGUUUGAGCCCAGUUUCUAAGAAAAUCGUUGGAAUUUUCCAGGAGCAGAUUCUACAGUCGCUGGAGACACGCACCAAGAACAUGUACCCUGUCUCCCCCCAGAGAUUCUCUAAACUCCUGCUCAGAUUGGCCCCCCUCAAGGCCAUCAGUCUCGAGGUCAUGCAGCACAUGGAGGUGCAGAGGGCGCUCGGGAACACCAAAAUGAACCUUUUCUUUGAGUGAACCAUUGUGUAAAACAUUACCACUGCACUUUUACGUUUUUUUAUAUUUUGUGUUGUCACAUACUACGUUUAUGCCUACAAGCAAUAAUUUAAUUUUGUGUCGUAUUUAAUUUUGUGUCAUGUGAGUUUUUUCAGUGAUGUUGUCCCAGUGAAUAUGAUAUGUUAUCAAAGAA